CACUUCCUUUUUGUAUCUAUAACUGCACCCUAUUUCACUCUCCCUUGUUCGCUGUUACGCGAUUUGAUCUCCAUUUUCAUCUCUCUCCAAUCGCUCUAAAUCUCUAAUCGGAUUCGGGUCGUCCGAUCGGAUCCUCUAUUCGAACCCUAGGGUUAUCACAUCAACAAUCGGUUUCUCCAUCAAACCGCUUAAUUUAGUCCCUAACAAUGCCUCUCAGAUUGGAGAUCAAGAGGAAACUCGCUCAAAGAUCCGAAAGAGUAAAAUCGGUGGAUCUGCAUCCGACGGAGCCAUGGAUUCUAACAAGUUUGUAUUCGGGGACAGUCUGCAUAUGGGAUUACCAGACCCAGGUUAUGGUAAAAUCAUUUGAGGUUACCGAGCUACCAGUCAGAUCAGCAAAGUUUAUAGCACGCAAGCAGUGGGUUGUUGCUGGUGCAGAUGAUAUGUUUAUCCGAGUAUACAACUACAACACAAUGGAUAAAGUCAAAGUGUACGAAGCACAUACUGAUUACAUCCGGUGUGUGGCGGUUCACCCUACACUACCGUAUGUAUUGUCAUCAUCUGAUGACAUGCUUAUAAAGCUUUGGGAUUGGGAGAAAAAUUGGUUCUGUACUCAAAUCUUCGAGGGUCAUUCUCACUAUGUCAUGCAAGUCACCUUUAAUCCUAAAGACACUAAUACUUUCGCAAGUGCAUCACUCGAUCGCACUAUAAAGAUUUGGAAUCUUGGUUCACCUGAUCCUAACUUCACGCUGGAUGCCCAUCUCAAAGGAGUGAAUUGUGUCGAUUAUUUUACUGGUGGAGAUAAGCCUUAUCUUAUUACUGGAUCCGAUGAUCACACUGCUAAGGUAUGGGAUUAUCAAACUAAAAGCUGUGUACAAACUCUAGAAGGUCAUACGCACAAUGUAUCGGCUGUUUGUUUCCAUCCCGAGCUCCCGAUUAUAAUUACGGGUUCGGAAGAUGGGACUGUACGUAUAUGGCAUUCAACCACUUACAGACUUGAGAACACGUUAAACUAUGGGCUUGAAAGGGUAUGGGCUAUUGGAUGCAUGAAAGGUUCACGGCGGAUUGUUAUGGGAUAUGAUGAAGGGACGAUAAUGGUGAAAAUUGGGCGUGAAGAGCCUGUUGCUAGCAUGGACAAUAGUGGAAAAAUUAUAUGGGCUAAACAUAAUGAAAUUCAGACUGUUAACAUUAAGAGUGUUGGAGCUGAUUAUGAGGUUUCUGAUGGAGAGAGGCUGCCUUUAGCUGUUAAGGAGCUCGGAACAUGUGAUCUCUACCCUCAAAGCUUAAAGCACAACCCGAAUGGGAGGUUUGUGGUUGUAUGCGGUGACGGUGAAUACAUUAUAUAUACAGCUUUGGCAUGGAGAAAUAGAUCCUUCGGCUCUGCAUUAGAGAUCGUCUGGUCAUCCGACGGUGAAUAUGCUGCCAGGGAAAGUACAUCCAAGAUUAAAAUAUUCAACAAAUCUUUUCAGGAAAAGAAGAGUAUCCGGCCAACUUUUUCAGCUGAACGAGUAUUUGGAGGAUCUUUGCUAGCUAUGUGCUCGAAUGAUUUCAUAUGUUUCUAUGACUGGGCUGAGUGUAGAUUGAUUCAACGGAUUGAUGUCAAUGUUAAAAAUCUUUACUGGGCUGAUAGUGGCGACCUUGUAGCAAUCGCCAGUGACUCGUCAUUCUAUAUAUUAAAGUACAAUCGUGAUGUAGUGUCCGCACAUCUAGAUAGUGGAAAAACUGUAGAUGAGCAAGGUAUUGAGGAUUCAUUUGAACUUCUUUAUGAAGUGAACGAAAGAGUUAGAACCGGAUUGUGGGUUGGUGACUGUUUUAUCUACAAUAAUUCUUCAUGGAGGCUUAAUUAUUGUGUUGGUGGUGAGGUAACCACAAUGUUUCAUUUGGAUCGACCAAUGUAUCUUCUAGGAUAUUUAGCUAAUCAGAGCAGGGUUUAUCUCAUCGACAAAGAAUUUAAUGUCAUUGGAUACACCUUGCUUCUCACUUUGAUUGAGUACAAAACACUUGUGAUGCGUGGAGAACUUGAACGCGCUAGUGAACUUUUGCCGUCAAUUCCAAAGGAACAUCAUAAUAGCGUUGCUCGGUUUCUGGAAUCACGAGGGAUGAUUGAAGAGGCGUUGGAAGUUUCUACAGAUCCCGACUAUAAAUUUGAGCUAGCCAUUCAGCUUGGUAAACUAGAGAUCGCAAAGGAUAUUGCGCUGGUAGCUCAAAGCGAGUCAAAAUGGAAGCAGUUGGGUGAACUGGCUAUGUCCAGUGGACUGUUGGACAUGGCUGAGGAUUGUUUGAAACAUGCAAAUGAUUUGAGUGGUUUGUUACUACUCUAUUCCUCUUUAGGAGAUGCUGAAGGAAUUUCGACGCUUGCAUCUCUUGCAAAAGAGAAUGGAAAGAAUAAUGUUGCAUUUGCUUGUUUGUUUAUGUUGGGUAAAUUAGAAGACUGCCUACAGUUAUUGGUUGACAGCAAUAGGAUUCCCGAGGCUGCUUUGAUGGCACGAUCUUAUCUUCCAAGCAAGGUUUCCGAAAUAGUUGCCCUUUGGAGAAAAGACCUUAACAAGGUUAACCAAAAGGCUGCAGAGUCUUUAGCAGAUCCCGAUGAGUACCCAAAUAUGUUUGAGGAUUGGCACCUUGCAAUCGAAGUUGAAGCCCAUGCUGCAGAAACAAGGGGCCAUUACCUUCCUGCAGCGGAGUAUGUGAACCACGUUGAUAAAUCACAUGUCACGUUAGUCGAAACUUUCAAAAACAUGCAGUUGGAUGAUGAGGAACCGCUUGAAAACGGAGAAUUGGAUCAUGAGGAUGCAGAACAUAGCGUAAAGGAGGAAGAAUUUGUUGAUGGCGAAGACCGUGAAGAAGAGGUGAGUCAAGAAGUCAAAGAGGUAGAUGCUGCUAAGGAUAACGAUUCUUCAGAUGGUGCCGUACUUGUUAAUGGUCAUGAGGCUGAUGAAGAGUGGGGACCGGAUAGCGCAGAAAAGCCAUCCGCCUAAAUUGUAUUUGGUUGGGCGCGUGUGAAAUUUUCAAUCUUAUUGCCGGUAGCUAUGGAUGGAAAAGGUAGGAGUGAACCAUCUAAUUUGAGGGUGGUGUAGUUGAGGGACAUUAAAUAUAAACUUGAGUUUCAGUUUAUUAUUAGUCUUGAGUUUUUAGUUCACUUUGUAGUGAUGUUUUUACCAACACCUUUUUUUUUGUUUUCUUUCUUAAAAUUCACUUGUUAUUGUGGUUGUAGAAAUAUCUUAUAAUGGUUAUAGGGCUCCUGUUUGGCAAGCUUUCAAACUUUCA